AUGGAGGAACAAGGGGAUCAGAAGACAAGAGAGAUCCACAAAGCAACACAAGAUGAUGAUGAUAGAUCACAACCAAACCAUAUUCCUUUUGAUCUAACCUUGGAGAUACUCUCAAGACUUCCUGCGAAAUCAAUCAUGAGAUAUCGAUGUGUGUCGAAACUAUGGUCUUCUUUCACGACACUUCCAAGUUUUAUCAACUCAUUCACGUCUCGGUCCACUUCACGGCCACCGCGUCUUCUGCUCACCUUCUCAAUACUAGAGAAGCACUUCGUUUUCUCUUUUCCUCAAAACCAGAAUCAAGACGGGUCAUAUCCUCCGUACUACAGUUAUCAGAUAACAAACCCUAAAUAUUCGGAUAGAGCUUGUAGUAUGGAACCCAACCUUGAGACAGUUUUUAACCUUACCACAACCCCAAGAAACCAUCUCGGAUAA